AUGGGUUUGUUCUCUAAAGAUUCUACUGAAACUAAGGUCUUCACUCCUGCAACUCCUGUUAAUAUAUCACCUGGUCUAUUAAGUCAAUUGGUAAGUACUAAAGAAACAGACUUUACAAGACAGCAAUUGAAUGAUAAGUUCUUAGAAGAAAAAGUAUCACAACUCUAUGCUCAGCGAGAGGAGGAGACUUUAAACAAGUUUGAAUUAAAGUUAAACAAUGCUUUACUGCAGGAUUCUACUGUGGAGGAUGAACUGUCAUCAAAAAAUGUUAGUAAAAAGGCAGCUGAGAUGAGGGAAAAACUAUCAGCAUUGGAAUCUAACACUGCAACUAAGGUUGAUUCAAAGGCUAAAGAGGCCAAAAAAGCUGUUAAGGACUGUUUACUUUCAAAUAAAGGUAGACCAUUGAACUGCUACGAAGAAAUUCAAAAGUUUAAAGAAGCUGCGCUCUGA